UAAAGAAAAUGGCGACAAUGUCAAGUUGAUAUACGAAAAUGGGCGUCGUGGGUAAAUGAGUAACGUUUUUUCUUCCGCAAUGAUAAUAAAUAUUAACAUCGAUCAAAUAUGGCAAUUAUCUAAUUUUCUAGUGCUUUGUUCAAUAAACAAUAAUUAGUGAUUUCUAAAAAUUGUUUAAUGCAAUUGCUGAAAUAAUUCAGGGCAACAAAACGACUCCGUUUGUAUAAUAGUUCUUUAUUCCAAGAAGAAAGAAUAAAUAACUGACAUUCUUCAUCGAUCAAAUAAUAUACACAACUCUAUCAAAAAAAAAAAAAAAAAAAACAUUGUAAAAAUGUCUAAGGAAUAUGAUCAUUUGUUUAAACUUCUCAUGAUAGGAGAUAGUGGUGUUGGAAAAAGUUCCUUGUUGCUGCGAUUUGCUGACAAUACAUUUAGUGGCAGUUAUAUUACGACAAUAGGAGUGGAUUUUAAAAUUCGUACAGUACAAAUUGAUGGUGAACGAGUGAAAUUACAAAUUUGGGACACAGCCGGACAAGAGCGUUUUCGAACAAUAACAUCGACUUAUUAUCGAGGUACACAUGGAGUGAUAGUUGUUUACGAUGUAACAAGUGGCGAUACAUUUGCAAAUGUGAAAAGAUGGCUACACGAAAUUGAAUACAAUUGCGAAUUAGUCAAUAAGAUUUUAGUUGGAAAUAAAAAUGAUUCACCAAAUAAUAAAGUUGUCCUCACAGAAGACGCACAACGUUUUGCCAAUCAAAUGGGAAUUCAACUUUUUGAAACUUCCGCUAAAGAUAAUAUCAACGUCGAUGAGAUGUUUUCGGAUAUAACACGACAAGUAUUACGCACGAAGAAAGAAAUGAAGGUACGACAAGCAAUUCAAACCAACGAGACGGUGAAUUUGAGAAAAAACACUAAACAACAUAGAAAGAAAUGUUGUUAACGAGAGAUAGCUAAGUACUAGUUUUAUUUCUAAAACUAAAUAUAUAACAUUGUUUUCCAUAAUAGUCAGACGGGCGGAGAAUGCGCAUUUGUUAUUAUAAUGACAGAAAAUUGAAUUUUUUGCCUAAAUUUGAAAAAAAAGAGUAGAAACAAUUUUGACAUUCUUUAUCGCCGUCUUUCCAAAGAUAUUAGUAAAUAUGUGCAUUUUCAUAAAAUGAACGUCUAUUUGAAUAUUUUUUAAUUUUUCUUUCAACGUGGAAAUUUGUUUUUUUAUUUUUCACGACGGAACAUAAAAACACAAAAUUGACGUCUCUAAUACCUCUCUAAAAAAAAAAAAUGGAAAAAAACAAAAAAAAAAUCAGCUUUAAGUUUAGAUUAUAUACACACUAAGAUACUAUUUGUAAAAUGUUAUCGAAAUUUUUGACGAAAGUUUUUUUUUCAAUUAAAAAAAAAAAUGACAAUACAACGAUUUGCACAAAUUUCUUAUUUUUGUCAUAAUUGUAAAAUAAAAAAAUUAAUUUAGCUUCCUUUUUUUUUUUAAACUGAAUUAACAUUUUACAAAUAGGGUGCUAUUUAAAUAUAUCCAGAGGUCCAAGUAGGUAUUAGAUUAUUUGUUUUCAAUUUUAAAUAAGAUUUCUGAGAUUGAUUGUCAUUGCCUGUUCUUUUUUUUAAAUUGCUAUUAAUUUCUUUGUGAAGAAUUUUUUUCCAAAAAAAAAUUUCCAGCCUCUGGGAUUUUAAAUAUUUAAUGUCGAUUAUUUUUUUUUUUUUUUUUUUUUUUUUUUAAACGAUCGUAAACAGGAGAGGCAGGCAGACAGAAUUUUUUUUAUAUAUAUAUUUAAUUGUCAAGAUUCAAUCAAUGACUGUUAAUCUGUCUGUAAAUAAAUCUGUGAUAAUAGUUAAAUUCAUCUCUAAUAGUGUACUACGUUGGCUGCCACUGUUAAUAAAUAAUAAUAAAAAAAAAAAAAAAAAA